AUUUGCCAACAUCCGCCUCCAUCCAAUAUGGCUUCCGACAAUCAAUAUAAGAGAUCAGAAGUAGCCGAACAUAGCGACGUCGAUUCAGCAUGGAUUAUCAUCAAGAAUAAAGUUUAUGAUGUCAGCAAGUUUAUCCCAGAGCAUCCCGGUGGUGAGGAAGUCGUCUUAGAAUUUGCAGGAAAAGAUGCUACUGAAGCAUUUAAUGAUGUUGGUCAUUCCACCGAUGCUCAAGCACUGCUAACACAACAUUAUAUUGGUGAUAUUGUAGAGAGUGAGGAAGACCAAGCCAAAGCAAAACCUGCUCCCCAACAAAGUGCCACUGCGUCGAGUGGAAUGAGUUGGGUUCUUCCGGUUGCUAUUGUAGUCUUGGGCGUAGCGUUAGCUUAUAGGUUUUUUUCGCAGCAAUCCUAGGUAUUAGCCUUAGGGUGAAACAGCUGAUACAGAAUGUUUGUGUGUCAUUAGUAAUACAAUAUGGUAUACUACAAAGAAAUUCCGUUGCCGAUAGCUAUUUGUAAUAAUCGCUUAAUUAUAUUACUGUUGGAGGUAUGGUAUCUUCGUACGUUUAAGAGAGUUAUACACAAAUUGUUGUGUUAU